AGAGUGAUUGGCUGGUGUGUGUCACGCUGGCUUUUUAAAGUGUCUGAUUAGCCCAGCACUGCAGUAUUGACACAAGGACCUUGUCUGGACCCUAUGCCACAGAAUUCAGGGGACAAUAUUGCCCAGCAGAUCCACACCAGGCAGCUGCUGCAAAGCAGUCGCUGAAAUUCCAAGGAACCCACGAGCAGGUGUGUCUGGAAUCACCCAUUAUGAGUUCCACAGCCACACCAAUCUUCCUUCCAGCCACAACCACCCAGGCCCUUGGGACUAACCAGAGUGGGGCUGUGGGACAACAGGAGCCAUCCUAUGCUGUCUUGAAGUUCAUGGAGAGCUUCUGCCUCAUCAGCUCUGCCUGUGGGAUGGUGGGGAAUGCCCUGGUCCUGUGGUACCUGGGCUUCCGCAUCCGCAGGAACCACUUCACCGUCUACAUCCUGAACCUGGCAGCCGCCGACUUCGGGUACCUGCUCUGCAUCGCCAUCGAGACCGUCCAGUACCUGAUGCAGUUCAACGUGGGGGUGCAGUUUGGGAUAUUCCUCUUCCUGGAUCUCUCCAUGUACGGGACCGGCCUGUACCUGCUGACAGCCAUCAGCAUCGAGCGGUGCCUGUCUGUGCUCUCUCCAAUCUGGUGCCGGGCCCACCGCCCCAAACACUUGUCUGCCAUCAUCUCUGGCCUGCUCUGGGCUCUGUCCCUGCUGCUGAACACGCUGGGGUACAUUCUGUGCACCGUCCGCCCCUCUCCCAGGCUCUGCCAGAGCCUGCUCAUCACCAUCGGGACCUUCGACUUCCUCAUCUGCACUCCCCUAAUGCUGCUCUUCAGCCUCACUCUCUUCCUCAGGGUCAAGUGCAGCUCCCAACACUUCCAGACGGGCCGGCUCUUCACCAUCAUCAUGCUCACUGUCCUCCUCUUCCUCAUCUUUGCCGUGCCCCUCAGCGUCCUCAUCCUCUUCAACUUCCUGGGCUACAAAUUUCUCUACUCCCCAGAGAUCGGCUUCGUGCUGUCCUGUGUCAACAGCACCCUCAACCCCAUCAUUUACUUCCUGGUGGGAAGCUACAGGGAUCGGAGAUUCAAACUCACCCUCGGGCUGGCAUUCCAGAGGGCCUUUGAAGAGUCAGAUGAGCGGGAAACCAGGGACUCAGUAACUAUGUCCUCCUAAAAGCCUGGUCUAGAGACAAGAGUGGGCAGAGUUGAAGAACUCCGAGGUUUUGGGGAAGGUUCAUCACACCUGACCUUCAGUAUCCUCACUGAAGAUAGUUCAGCUGAUUAAAUGAGUUCUGUCUGUGAUCAGUGAAAUCACACAAGGACCUGGAACACAGAAUUUUCCUGAACUGUAUUUGGACCACAUUAAAAACGCCAGUUUCUUUCCAGUGACUAUUAAAUAACAUUAAUUUGAUAAGGUGAGAUGUCUUGGUGUCUGAAUUUCCUCAAAGGAAUCUUGCUUAGAAUUUGCACUUCACUCAAUUAAAAAAAAAAUCCCUGUCAUUCCUAAGUGCAUGAAUCCUCAGUCACUUUUCACUCGGAUCGCUGAAGAUGAGAUGGGAAACAACCCUCCUCCUGUUGAAAUCAGACAAAACUCCUGCAAGGAGGAGGAAUUUAUACCACUUAAUUUUAAAUACCCAUAUCCAAGCACACUUUUGCAGCUCAGAGAGCCAUUCUGGGCUUCCUAAUGUAAGCAUGUCAAAGAGUGAAGUUAUUUUAAUUUCUUCCAGCCCUGGACAGACUUUCUGCAUCUAACUAAAGCAUGAAUUGCUUGUUGUUU